UCAAGCUGUUGCUGCUUUGCUUUUGCCUUCAUUAGCUUUAAACUGUAGUUAUGUUAAAUUAACUAUAACUGUUGGUUGGGCUAGGUAGCUAGCAUUGGUUAACUAUCUUAAAAAACUAACUAACUUAACCAGACUGUAAUGUUAGCAUUAUAUAUAAUGAACUCCUGUGGUAGCUAGCUAGUUAGCUAACAUUAGCUAAUUUGCAAUUCACUAUUUGUCCACUGUAUUAGCUGAAUACACAUUGUUUCAAAAAAACUGCAGCAUCGUCAAACAAUGUAACUAAUUUAUGCACUUUAUAAUUAUACUCGCUAUUACUCACCAACCUUUUCAAUACAGGUUGUGACUUUUCAGUGGGCAAGACCAUAAACAAUAUUAAACUGUCAAAAUGUGCAACCUGAGUCUGAUGACAGCUUGUCAGGUGCCCUUGUAACUGUAACUAUUCAUAGUCACUAGAGCAUAUUUGUGAGAAUUAACAUUUCAUCAGAGACAUUAUUAAAAUGGUGAAGAAUGUGAUUGAUGAAAAUGUCGGGCAGGUUAACAGGAAAAGAUGAUAGUAUAAAGGCUGUGCCAUUUAUUAAAGAUCAUAAUUUAUGAUGACAUAAAUAGGUAAAAGAAAAUGGAAAAAGGCCACAUGGAGGCAGUGUGGGACCCAGAUUGUAAAUAGGCUACUGCCUAACUUCUCUCUCAAACACAGGCACACACACAUACAUACUACCAGAAAAAGAGUGAGGAUUUUAGUUAUCACAAUCACCGUCACAAUAUCCAAAUCCAAAUAUGGUACUUUCAUGUAGGCUAUGUGUUUGAUUUGCACCACUUCCUUUAUCAAUUCAAAGUGCACAAAAUACAUAAGAUGUGUUAUAGGAAGAAUAUGGUUCAAUAUAUGACUAAAAGCUUAAGCCAGACAUGAUCAUCAAAACAAACAGAAGAGUGCUUCCCAGCUGAAAUAUCAAAACGGGGUAUUCCACUAUUCUAACCUAUGCUGCCACAUCCUCUUUCUCUCUCUCUGUCAUGUUCAGACUAUAGAUUAAAUGGAAUAUAACAAUAAUGUAAGUAUCAAACAAUAACAUGAGAAAAGUAUUUUCUAAUUCAUAAACAUUUUAAGAUAUGAAUGAAUAUAUAAAAUUAACACACAGAAAAAUAGUCAGUUAUGGCCAUGUCUUUAUUACUUGCUUGCCACUCCAUGUGUUGUAAUUAUCAUCUUUUUUAAAAUGUGGUACUGUUUUUUCGCAACCAAGUUUGUAGCAAUGGACCCAUUAAAAUGGUAAACGUCUUUGGUCUCACCUCCCCACGCCAGUGGCUGUCUGACUGACCUGUUGGGAGAGGCAGAACCUCCCCUCAGCCCCCUCUCUCUCUGGCCAAGCCAUUAGCCAUGAAUUAUGGUGCUACUACCAUCACAGCCAAUUGUCUGGAUGAAAAGCAGGCACUGCCUCACGAACCACUGUGUGUUAGCUUGUGCCCGAACAGCAGGUUCAGGAUCAUAGUUUCUGAUCAGUACUGUGAUUCAGAUCAGAGCAGGUAAGCAGAUGACAUUUCACUUAACAGGAAAUGCAGGUUGGUGCAGAGUUGGUGGCUGAUCAGUGCAGUGACAUUUCCAGUUCUUCUGAAAGGGACAUUUUAAUUUAUAUAUAGGCUACUGGUUGCCUGAUAUUGAAAAUACAUUUUGUGUAGUUACUCCAGAUUUUGGUUGGGUGUCUCAUAGUAGGUUAUACAAGCAUCAAUCUAUUAAUGUAUAUAGAUUAUAUUAAUUCACAGAUACUGUUUUGAGCUAUAUGUGCAAUGUCUCUUAAUAUAUGACUUUGUGAAAUCAUAGUUUUCUGUAUAGGGCAACUGCUGGAUUUGGGGAGAGACAGACAGACAGAGAGAGAGAGAGAGAGAGAGAGAGAGAGAGAGAGCAGUCUCUGAUACCAGGAAAACUCAUGCCUACUGUAUCACUGGGAAACCCACGAGCAGAUGUGAUGGUAGAGUGAUGCAGAGACUGGAUACAGAGGCAAAUUAUCACACACAGCACUGAACAGUACACAGAGUAGAGGCUUGCUGCUGCCACGAAAAGAUGGUGGGACUGAGAAACUGCUCUACAUGGGAGCCACUGCUACUCAAGGCUUCCUGCAUCAAGUCCUGUGCCAACGGCUGCUCCCUGGGAAUCACCGCACACCUUACCUAUGCGAAUGCUGACAUAGAGUCUGUAGAAGGUGUGUUUGUGUACCCUCUCGGGGAAAAGGAAGUUGUGGUGGGCUUUGAGGCUGUGAUUGCGGGCCGGUUGGUGGGGGUCCAGAUCCAGAGCAGAGGGAAGAUUAAAGAGUGCUGUUUGGAUUGCUGUCCUGGAUCUUGUCUUGAAGGCCACUGUGGGGAUGGCCGGGAGUGGGGCUGCUGUGGGAGCUCCAGCCUUGACGUGCAAUGCACUAACGGACAUCUCAUCCUGGACGAAGACCUUGAAAGAACGACCUUCAUUGUGGGCACAGGUGUCAUUGGUCCCAUGGAUAUAGUAUCGGUUGUCAUAAGCACCACACUAGAACUCCCCACAUUAGAAAAUGGAGCAAUCCGCAUUGUCUACCCCACAUUGCUUACCCCGAUCGUCACUGGCCAGAUGACUCCAAGCAAGAGUGAAAACGGGGGGAAAUCUGAAGAAACUGGACCAACCAGCUGUUUCGGGGCCACCUCAGGAAAACAAGGCCGGACCCUAGGCUCUGUGCAGCAGUGUGCCCAUGCCAUCUUCACCAGUCCAGCUGCCAACCUAGCGCCUUACGAACUCAACUUCCAGCUGCUGGUCCGAGGGGCCUGCCUACUGGCUGGACUGGAGAGCCCCACUCACGCUCUGAGGGCAGAUGCAGACCCCAGUGCCCAAAGUGCCUCUGCUACCUACAUCACCUUGGCCCAGGAGCAUCCAUAUGACAGACACAUAGAGAUCAUUCUGCACCUCAGUGAACCUCACAGCCCGCUGGUCAUAUUAGAGAGAGGCAGGCUCUCGUUCAGCCAGUAUGAACAGCAGAUCUGUUCCCGCCGUGAUUUCAUUCGCUGCACCCGCAAAGAUUCAGAACCUGAGAGGAGGCUGGAGUUUGUGAGGAAGCGAUACCACAAGGACAUUCUGAGCAGCCCCGUCUUGAUGCUCAACUUCUGCCCCGACUUGGUGUGUGAACCGCUGGAGCUGCACAGAGCCACCAGAGAACUGCUGUUCCUUGUCGAUCGCAGUGGCAGCAUGAGUGGCACCAACAUCCAUCGCGUAAAGGACGCCAUGGUGGUGGCACUGAAGAGCCUCCCUUCUGGCACUAUGCUCAACAUUGUGGGCUUCGGCACCACCAUCAAGCCUCUGUUCCCCUCAAGCAAGCUCUGCGCUGAUGUCACUCUAAUGCAGGCAUAUGAAUAUGUCCAGCGGAUGAGAGCCGACAUGCGAGGCACCAACCUUCUGGGAGCGCUGUCCUGGGUGUACCAACAGCCCAUGCAGCGCUCAUAUCCUCGCCAGGUCUUUAUCAUCACAGAUGGAUGCAUCAGUAAUGUGGCUAAGGUGCUGGAACUGGUCCGCAGAAAUACAUGCGCUGGCAGAUGCUUUGGCCUGGGCCUUGGUCCCAGAGCUUGCAGGAGACUCCUGCAGGGCGUUGCCAAACUGACAGGAGGGACUACAGAGCUCUUGGAUGAUGAUGAGCGACUCCAGCCCAAGUUAAUCAAGUCUCUGAAAAAGGCCUUUGAACCUGUGCUGACUGACGUGCGGAUUGAUUGGUACCUGCCAGAAAACAUGGAGGCCUUUCUUUCACCCAGUGAAAUCCCUCCUCUCUACCCUGGGAAUCGUCUAAUUGGAUAUUGCACUCUAUACGAUAUGAAGAAUUUCAAAGCAAAAAAGACAGAGUCUCAAGGACGGGGCGAUAAAGGUGUGCAUCUUGGAUCCACUGGUUCAGUUUUUGGCCAAUCAAAUGACGAGCUUUCACCUCCUCCUGCCUCCGAGUUAAUGCCUGUGGUGACAAGUGCAGAUGGCACCGACUUGGAUGAGGCACUGAGGGAGAUUUCCAGAGAAAUCUCCUCUGAGUUCUCCUGUGCCAAAAACACAGACCCUGGCACCAGCCCAGGAGUGGAGUUAGACUGGUCCAGUGACGUGAGGAGGAGGAUCCAGGAGAGCUCUUAUAUCCAGGAGCAGUAUGUCCUUACUCGCUGCUCCCUCAGUAGUGAGCGGAGUCUACAAACACAGUCCCACUCACACAUCCACGCCUCGUCCAACUCUGACUCUGCGGGUGGGGUCUUUCUGCCAGACCCUCACUCCUGUGGUUCAGUGCUGGACACGGGGUCGCUACCCCAAGGUCUUGAAAAGAUGCCCCCUCCAGAACAGAGAUCAUCCCUGUCUCGCUGGGCAGACCCUGUGUGGCAGCAAAACCUCUCAGUGGAAACUCCUGAUAACAGGGCAGAAAAGAAUGGGUGUGUGGAUGGAGGUGAGGAGUCUCGUAGGAGACAUAAAGCACUGGCCCGUUCAACCAUGGCAGCACGAAGUUUCUCGUCCCCCCAGGGUGAGCUGGAGAUGCAUCGCCUGAGGAGAGCUCUGGAGAGGGUCUCUUUCGACCAAACACUGGGAGGGAGGCUGGAUGAAAGCGAUGGAGAGACGAAGCCCCCAUCAAGAGGGACACUAUCCCGCAGAAGCCUCACUGACUCCAACGGACUCCUAUUCCCUGCCUCUCCUCUGGACUGGGACAGCUUCACAGACCCGGAGUACCUCUUUACCGCUAUUCCACCGGAGGAUCCCCCGCCAGGUCAGUGUCGCUCACUCAUUCACGGUCUGCUGAGAGGCAGACCUGUCUCCUGGGAGGUCACGGUGGACCUGGCGCACCUCUGGACCCCUGAGGGCCAGGAUACACCUGGAGUUGAUGGAUGUGGAGGAGGAAAAGGGGGGCGAGAAGGAAGAGGACGGGAGCCGUGGGAGGAGAUCAUUCACCAACUCACUGCUCGCUCAGUCAUUAGGGACUUUGAGAAAAUGGCAGAGAAGGAGAGCGAUUUUGGACAUGGUUCAGCUAAGCGAUAUCGUAUGAAGGCUAUCCAGACCAGUAAGCACUGUAAUAUCAUCUGCAUGUACACAGCCUUCACUACCACUGAUAACAACUCUAAUAAAGGCUUGGCAGACAGCAUGGAGCUCCACACAGAAACUGCAGGGGUGCAUUUGGGUAACAGGCGGAGUUCCCAGUCAGGUAGUCGCAGGCAGAGGGCCUAUUCUGUCGGUUUGGGCAGACGGCGCGCCAGCAGAGAUGGUGAAGAGACUGAGGACACCUGGAACUCUACAGACAGAGAUGACACCCCUGCCUCACCCUGUAGCCUUACAUCCUGGGACUCUAGUGUAGGGGGCAGUGCCUACUCUGCCACAGCCCCAGCGCUAACAGGUGCCACAUGCACUCGUUCACCGCGAUCUAUCGAGAGCAAGUCAAUGGAGAGCUUCUUUGGCGCCAGAUUUCCUCUGGGCAUACUCAGGUCCUCUGUUUCAUCAGGAAAGCAGGUUCCUCUCAAGUCCCACUGUCUGUCUGCUGAGACUGAGAAACACCCUGAAACCGAAGCUCCAGACUACCUGUCCCUGGUGCGGCUGCAGCUGGCAUCAGGUGCUUUUCUCAUGACAGAAAGCUACUCGGACUGUGUCCAGAUCCCCCUGGACCGCCUGAAGAGGGCAUCACCCUACAGCCUCCACCGCCGCAGUCUCAGCCCGCCCUUCCGCUGCACAUCUCCCAGUGCUCCAUCUUUAUCCACCUCCACCAAGCCUCCCGGUGUUCCCACUAGUCACCACGUUACCUUUUCUCCUUCUUCAUGCUCCUUCGCCAAACCAACUGCACCUCCUUUCCACCACACUCCAGAUGACACUCCCCUGAUGCUGGAACCAAGGGUUCGCCGCAGACACCUGUCUGACCGAGACCCUGUCACCUCACCCCCUGACCUUCCCAGCUCGGAGGAGGGCUCCCUGGAGCUAUCUGUAGGUCCCUCUCAGAGCCAGAGCCACGGCCAGGCAGAUAGUGGUCGCGGAUCAGAGACAGAUGUAUGUGAAAGCUCUUCAGUAGACCCAGCAGACCUACAGGGUAGCAGCAAGUUGGCUCAAGAGGACCUGGAGGGGUCCAGCUGGGCCACAGCUGUGGCCCUAGCCUGGCUUGAGCACCGCUGUGCUGGCUACUUCAUGGAGUGGGAGCUGGUGGCAGCAAAAGCAGACUUCUGGCUGCGCUGUCAGGAGCUGCCUGAGGGAGUGGACCUGGCAGGGCUGAAGGGAGCCGCCAGACAGCUCUUCCUGCUGCUACGCCACUGGGAUGAGAACAUCAAGCUAAACAUGCUAUGUUAUAAUCCCAAUAAUAUGUGAGACAGUGAUCACUGAUUAGCAUUCUCACUUGUUACCAAUGAUAAUGACUCCUAAGAAGCAACACCUUUACAUGGAAAAGUAAAUCCUGUAUUUUAUCUGCAGGACUAAUCCCGUAACCAGUGCCAAGUUUCUAGAAUUAAGUUGCACAUGAAACAUUUUACUGUUGUAAGACUUUAUAUUUAUGUAACAAGAAUACCAUUUACAUGACAUAAACCAAGUGGCCUUUUAUUAGAAGUAUGCUUUAUGCAAUCACAAGAAUGCCUUGACCAUAUGAAUGGGCUUAUUAUAGUCUAUAUGUAGUCAGUAUAAUGUAUUACUUUGCCAAAUGUAUAACCAGUCAGUCAGCGUUGAAUGGCAAUGAUUUUGAUCAACAGGAUGAGUAUUUGAUAAACUAAUGACAUAUUGCUUUAAAUAAUUAAAUUAUUGUUGCGAAAAUAAAAGCAUAGUGGAAUUAAGCCAUUUGUUGAAGUGU